AUGGCGGCUCCCGCAAUCGUCGUGUCUGCCAUUCAAACACUUGGUGAAUUGCCUCCCGUCCAUCUAGCUCUUCUCGCAGUCUCCACCAUUCCACUGAGCGUUCUCGCCGUAUACAGUCUAUUAUCUGGUGAAAAUUCCAACCCCUACCUCACAAAGAGAGGUUUCCUCCACCUUCUUGUCACCGCAGAAGUCAAAGCAAUCUGCCAGGUCCACUAUCGCAUUUGGAACGCCGACCCGACCCGCGAGCCUAAGACCUUCUUCGACAUUCUCGACCUGGACUCCCUCAAGAGACCCUUUAUUGACAAUACCUGGAACGACAUCAAUGAUAAGGUGCCUACCAAUAUGAACUGGCUCACGUUCCUCAGGAGCUUCUCCUCGACUUGGAGCUGGAUCAAAGAAAGAACUAAAAUGUUCGAUAAAUAUCUCACUAAAGACGAGGAUGUGGCAUUUCGGAUGGAGCAUUACCCGAUUGACGAUGGACCAUAA